AUGGAUUCCCAGGACACGCUCCAGGACCUGGGGCAAGCUCCUGGUCUUAAAAACCGCAGUGUCAGCCCUUCUGCCCAUCCUCACCAGCAGUACAAUCAUAACAUCGACUCCUCCGGCUUGACAAUUGAUCCCUCGAUCACUACCCAUCCUUCGUAUCCUCCCUCAUCUUUUGCCAACCCGACCACUGGCUCCGACGCCUAUACUUUCCCAUCGAGCUAUCUCGCUCCGACCGAUCAGAACUUCAGCCGCCCUAGCCUACAGAUCCCACAAUUUGACCAAGGCCUAUCCCACCAGACGCAGGAGGAUAAUUUCUCGAACCUACUCAAUUCAAACAGUAACGACUUCGAUUUUGGGCUCUUCCAGACUCCUGGCCCCAGCACCACUGGCACCGAUUACCCCUCCUCCCUUCUGCUCGACCCCCAACAACAGUCGGCCAACCAGGCCGUCAACCCGGUCGAUCUGGUCAGCCAGAUUCCCUCCCCUCACCCUUCUACCUCGUCGCAGACCUCUCCGCUCGACCAGCAACCUCAACACUCUUCCCCGAGCGCAAUGUCGCCCCCUGCCUCUUCGCCGGGGACGUUCUACACCCCACAGCACUCGCGUCACACAUCGCUCGACCCCACUAGCGCCGCAUACAUGACGAACCACCCGGACUGGCAGGCCGUUAUGGCCAAUUCUUCCUUCCACAAUCAUCGGCGUGCCCCGUCAGAGGUGUCUGAAAUAUCAUCCGCCGCGCAUUCGCCGUUCCUACCACAACAUGACUCUUUUGAUAUCGGGGAUAACAACCCAUCGCCGCUGCUGGCACCUCAGAACGACCCUAGCCUCUAUGAUAACGCCGCCCUGGGAAUCGAAUCGUUCACCCUAUCUGAGCAUCAUCACCACCACCACCAGCAGCAGCAGCAAGCAUUUAGUCCCCACCAUAGCCCGUACAUCUCUCCGCAAUUAAUGCCUCAACAAGUGGCAGAUAUGGUCCCCAGCGGGCCCUUUAUUUCAGCUCCCGCAACAAGUUCUCCCUACCCGACUCCUCCAACAGAGGGUUAUGCAAAUGCAGAAGGUUUGCUGCCACAGGGUAGCGCCUGCGGGGAUAUUGGACAAGCAUCACAGAUGGCUCCGCCGUCUAUCAACGUUGAAUUUGCGCCUCCUGCAAAGUCUCAAGUUUUCCCAAGUGACAAACCUAUGGGUGAUAUGGAUACAUUGAGUCCACCUCCCUCGCUCCGUACCUCUCGUCUCCGUAGCAAGUCUGAUCCAUACACGCUCCCUGCCAUGUCUCGCCCGCGCUCGCCUUCUUCACCCGCAAGCAAUCUGGAUGCCCUGGCUGCUUCAUCCCCUCGGUCGUUGUCUCCAUUCGAUGUUGGCCGGCAUCCUUACAGUAACCCUAGUUCGAGAGAGCCCUCUCCCGCCCGCUCUGCUCGACGGCUGUCGACGUCGUCGAUUGAUAGCCGUAACUACAUUCUCGGCCUUGCUGACCCGCAGCGCCCUGGGGCUAAUACGAGCGACUCUAAGCGUGUACAGAAACAUCCCGCAACAUUCCAAUGCCAUCUCUGCCCUAAGCGCUUUACUCGGGCGUAUAAUCUACGCUCGCACUUGCGAACGCACACCGAUGAACGCCCUUUUGUUUGCACAGUCUGUGGGAAGGCUUUUGCGCGACAGCACGAUCGGAAGCGCCACGAGGGCCUGCACUCGGGCGAGAAGAAGUUUGUUUGCCGAGGCGAUCUGUCUCGCGGUGGGCAAUGGGGCUGUGGCCGCCGGUUUGCCCGCGCGGAUGCACUGGGUCGUCAUUUCAGAUCUGAGGCUGGUCGGAUCUGUAUCAAGCCGCUGUUGGACGAAGAGGCACAAGAACGAGAACGCACACUCGUGGAUCAGCAACAACAGCACCUGCAUCCCGUUCCUCAGCCCUUGAUGGUUCCUGGCCAGGGUAUAGAGGGUCAGCAUGGUGGUAAUUUUAUCUUGCCUGCAGCACUGCUCGCACAAUACCCUGCUCUUCAGACAUUGCAAUGGGACCAGAUACCUGCGGGUGCUGAUGACCCAAGCGAUAUUGGCGGUCGCAACAGCUUUGAUGCCAGCUCGGGCGGAGAGUAUGGUUUCGACGACGACGAAUCGGGGAUCAGCGUCUCUGGCAUGAGCGGAGGCUAUGCCAGUGACCACGGCAAUAUGUAUGGAGUGGACCCCCAGCAACAGAUGCUGGGCUUGAAUCAGGGCGAGUCCUACACCGAUUCGAAUUGGGGUAAAUAA